AUGUUCGUUCAUUUUCCGCCGACGUUUUUUGCUUCUGAGAAUGCUGUAUCUCUGUUUCUCGAUGUGCUGCAUGCGUAUGGUCAUGUUGUAGAUUGGACACCCAUGCCGGCAUUUCGUCAAGCGAUGGCUGUGUUCGAAGAGGUGUCGGAGGCACAGCGCAUCAAGCAAGUCCUUGAUCGGCUGCUUAUACCUCAUGACGAUGAUGACGAUGAAGGAUCGUCAGAAACUUCUAUGCUACGCGUGUAUUAUGAUCAUGAAACACCACUUGUUCUGCUUCCUUCGGGUGAGUAUGUUGUCGCGCGAACACUAGAUGGAUCAACAACGUUUUUGGAGCCACCUGUGCCGGAGCGAGACUUUCUGAUUAGCCCGCCGGGCAGUCCGCCAGUCGGCUGGGAGCAGCAAGUGGAAGGUCGCCCUAACACCGAUACAUUGGCGCAAGACCUGAUUGAAGCACUCCAGAAACUGUCUACAACGGCAGAAACAAAACCUGUGUUGGAGCACGAACAUCGCUCUUGUCACGAGCCCAGUGGAGAAUGUGACUAUUCUGAGCAGCGGCGGAUAUCCAUGCUGCUCUCGCCAGAAGACGCAGUAAACGACGUACCUGGCGUCAUUUUGCAUGCGACGGAUGAGCCCACUGCAUGUCAUGCCACCGACGAACCAUCGUUGAUUCAUCGAGUCAAAGCCACAAAUGACAGUAUGCUGGGGUCCACAUUAUCAUCGAAAUCAUUUAAAAGACCUACACCACGGCCCCCUAUGUGUACAUAG